AUGCUUGAAUCUGCCGGCUUCUUGGCAUUGUGUGGAUUUGUCUCAAUGAUGACACUCUAUUCAAAGGAAAAGAAUCGAGAAAUUCUGAUAUUUGAUGAUGAUCAGCGUCACAACGUCAAGGAUUUCCGGGUGUUGAUUGUCCUCGUCGUCUGCUAUAUUAUGCACGUGGCUCGGCAAUUCAUUUCCGAUUCUACCCGUGAUACCAUCAUUUCGAUUCACACGUUCAGCGCGUUUUUGCGGUUUGCAAUG